GUUUGCACCAUAAAGAAGAAGAAAUAUGAAAAAAAAGGUUCGGGUAUACUGAAUGGAACGAGAUAUAUCCAUUGUUAAGGAGAAGAAUUCACAGUUUGGCUUAUAAAUUAUAAACUUCACUGAACGGAACGAGCCACACAGCCUACACUGUAAAACAGAAGAAUUAUGAAAAUUAGUAGGCUGUACAAAGGUUUUUUAACUACCUCUUUGUGCUCUAUAGCUCAGGAACGACAACGAAAUAAAGUAAUUAAAAAAUUCAAUCUCAAUCAUUAAGUAGAAGCAGCUUCAGAAUGCUCUACUGAACAAUGGCAAUCCUUGACUAUUACCUCAAACAGUACUUUCAUAGUUGUCAAUGGCUGUUCAAAUCUUGUGGAAUCCUCAAAAGAAUAAAACCACCAUGUUAUUUGUCUGGCAAACGCUUGCCCUUCAGUUCAGAAUGUUUACAACUUCUUCUGUCAAUCUCAAAGAUGUGAAAGUAGGAAUUCAGAUCUUAAAUGCUGUGGAUCAACAUGUAGACUCUUCUACUCACAUUUCUCCUUUGCAGGUUUGUGUUGAAAGAAAAUCUGUAACAGAUGGAAAACUAAUACAUGCCCACAUCAAAACGAGGGGAUCUCAGCGGGACAACAUUAUUUGGAAUGCCCUUGCUAACAUGUAUGCUAGCUGUGGAACUCUGGCUGACGCUACCAGAGUUUUUAACACCAUUCCUGUACCUGAUGUUUGCUCAUGGUCUGUAAUUAUUUCCGCUUAUUCCAGACAUGGAUUUACACAAGAGGCUUUGCAAAUGUUUAACCAAAUGGCUGAAACAGGUGUACACCCAGACCACUUUAUUUUCUCAACUGUUUUCUCAGCUUGCGCAAAAUUAAAAGCUUUAGAACAGGGUAUGAAGAUCCAUGAAGAAGCAAUCAAGAGUGGAUUUGAUAAGCAUGUAUUUGUACAGAGUGCCCUGGUAGACAUGUAUGCAAAAUGCCAUAAACUGGAGAUUGCACGUAAACUGUUUGACAAAAUUCCUCGACGAGACGUGGUAACUUGGACACUUAUUAUUGCCGGGUACGCUCAGAAUGGAAGGGAAAUGGAAGCCCUGAAGCUGUUUCAACAAAUGAGAUUGGAAGGCUUGAACCUAAAUCCUACGACAUUUGCUGUUGUUCUACCUGCCUGUGCGAAUUUGGCAGCUCUGGAAAAGGGCAUGGAGAUUCAUAAAGAGAUAAUUAGAUGUGGAUUUCAUUCCGAUGUUUUUGUGCAGAGUGCUCUCAUAAACAUGUAUGCAAAAUGUUGCGAUUUGGAGAAGGCACGCAGUUUCUUUGACAAAAUGUCUGUAAGGGAUACAGUUUCCUGGACAGCUAUGAUUGUGGGAUAUACACAAAAUGGGCAUAUGGAUGAGGCUAUGAAGCUAUUUCAGAAAAUGUCUGAAAGAAGCAUCGUCUCGUGGACAGCGAUGAUUGCAGGAUAUGCACAAAAUGGGAGCAGUGUUGAAGCCCUGAAACUGUUUCAAGAAAUGAAAUCUGCAGGUGUAAUGCUAGAUUCAAAAACUUUUGCUAGUGUUCUUCCAGCAUGUGGCAACAUGGUAGCUCUGGGAAAAGGAAUCGAAAUUCACGAAGAAAUAAUUAGGAAUGGAUUUCAGUCUGAUGUCUCUGUGGUUAAUGCUCUUAUAGAUAUGUAUGCGAAAUGCGGAAACUUAGGCAAGGCACAAAAACUAUUUGAUGAAAUGAAUGAAAGAACUGUUAUUUCAUGGACAGCGAUGAUUGCAGGAUAUGCUAUGCAUGGCCAUGGCAGAGAAGCCCUCAAACUUUUUAAAAAAAUGGAAGACUCUGGAAUUCGUCCAAACCAAGUCACCUUUGUCUGUGUAUUGUCCGCUUGCUGCCACGCUGGCCUAGCGGAAGAAGGUAUUCAAUAUUUCAACAAAAUGAGUGACUAUUAUAAUGUCACACCUGUGAUGGAGCACUAUAAUUGCAUUGUUGAUCUGCUUGGCCGUGCUGGAUGCCUGGAUGCAGCAAUAAGUUUUAUCAACAAUAUGCCAAUAAAACCUGAUGCUGCCAUGUGGGGAUGUCUACUUAGUUCCUGUAGAAUACAUAAUAAUAUUGAGUUAGGGGAACAGGUGGCCGAACGCCUUUUUGAGUUGGAACCUAGCAAUUCUGGCACUUAUGUUCUCCUUUCAAACAUUUAUGCCGCAGCUGGUAAAUGGAAUGACGUUGAUAAGGUGCAGAAAAUCAUGAGAGUUAGAGGAGUGAAAAAGACACCUGGAUGCAGUUGGAUUGAGGUUAAUAAAGAGCUGCACAGUUUCCUUGUAGGAGACAGAUCACACCCUCAAAUGCAAGCAAUCUAUACAGAGUUGGACAGACUGUAUGGAGAGAUGAAGGCCACAGGAUAUGUUCCUGAUACAAGGUUUGUGUUGAAUGACAUAGAAGAAGAGCAAAAGGAGCAAGCUCUUUGCCAUCAUAGUGAGAAACUGGCAAUUGCAUUUGGGCUAUUAAACACACCCGAUGGUGAAACUAUCCGGGUUAUCAAAAACCUUCGAGUUUGUGGUGACUGCCAUUCUGCAAUCAAGUGCUUCUCCAAUAUUGUCACACGAGAAAUCAUUGUGAGAGAUACCAAUAGAUAUCAUCAUUUUAAAGACGGACAGUGUUCUUGUGGGGAUUAUUGGUGAUAUUAACUUGAGCUUUAAACCUGGCAUGCAUUUAAUGAUUUUGUGGUAACACAACUUUGCAUUGGUAGCAAGGAGUCUCGUUUAUUUUUA